ACUUAAAAAAGAAGAUUCCACCCACUUAGACAAAUUACCCACGUACCUUGUCAUCCUGGCUCCAUCUCUCUUUCUCUUUCUCUCUCUCUCACACACACACAAAAGAUAAAAAGGAAAAAAAAAAAAAACUGAAAAAAAGGUCAACUAGAAGAAGUAUGCUCUUGAAUCUCAGUACUGAUCUGGGAGUCUGGAAUGGGUCGGUUGAUAAUGAGAGAGUCAUCACCUCUUUGAGCUAGUCUUCCUGGACAAAUUAAACUAGAAAGCACUCUAUCACCUUCAUUAGCUUUCCAAUUUUCCGUGUUCUAGUUUAUGGGUAAUGGGAGGAUACUCUUUCAACCCUAAUUCCAGCUCCUCUCAGAGUCAGACUAGUUGUGCCUGCAGUAGUAACAACUAACCAUAGUAUUACUGGACACAAGGAGGGUCUUGCUGGCUUUUUGGGGGCUUGUUUCCUAUCUUCAGUUACACAUCUCUAGUUAGAUCUAUGCCUUGGACAGUCCUAGAUCAUGAAUUUCUUCUCAGGUGGACAUGGCUUCAACGAUCAAGGUUCCUCAAAAGGUACACACCCAUUUUCUAAUUCUUCUUCCUCUUCUAGCCAGAAGAUUCUAGUGCCUUUCUCCUAUCAUCAGCAGAGAAGAAGUUGGUUAAGCAGCAGCAGCAUCACUAGUAAUAGUAGUGAAGAUAAUACUGAUCCCGUGAUGAUGGAUACUCCUCCUAGCACAAAUCUUUGUGAGGGCGACCCUGUAGAUGAAAAUCAUCUCCUUGAGCUAGGAGUUGGUGAAAGCAAUGCAAUGGCGCUGAUUGAGAGAGAACACAUGUUCGAUAAGGUAGUUACUCCCAGUGACGUCGGCAAGCUCAAUCGGUUAGUCAUUCCCAAACAGCACGCUGAAAAGUAUUUUCCUUUGGAUUCCUCCACCAACGAGAAAGGCCUCCUUCUCAAUUUCGAAGAUAGGAAUGGAAAACCUUGGCGGUUCAGAUAUUCCUACUGGAAUAGCAGUCAAAGUUAUGUAAUGACCAAAGGUUGGAGCCGCUUCGUGAAGGAGAAGAAGCUCGAUGCUGGGGAUAUUGUCUCAUUUCAGCGUGGAGUUGGUGAAUUAGGCAAGGAUCGUCUCUUCAUCGACUGGAGGCGCCGUCCAGACGCCCCAGACCAUCUCUUCACUACUCAUUUGCCGCUUUCACACCAUUUCUCUAAUAAUAAUUUCUACCGCUCCAAUAUUCACUACCCAGCAGCAGCUUCUGCUUGGAACCGUCCGCUAUUUUUGCAGCCGUCACCAUCUGACAGUUCAUAUUUACAUUCCCGUAUGAUGAUGGAACCUGCAGCUGGCAGCAUGUCUCGUCAGCAGCAAUCUUAUUCUCCCCAUAGCAACAGUGCCUAUGGAUCCGUUGGAAACUGUCCUAAUUAUUACUACGAUGUCACUUGUAAUUUCGACAACAUGAAUAGCAACAGUGCCACAGUGGUAAAUGGAAACCCUCCUCCGAGCGGAUCAUUAGUUUAUCUCAGAUCGGGGUCAGCUGCAGCUGUUGCUGCCCAAGUCCCACAACAAGUUGGGUUAAUGCAAAGAUGUACUAGUAGUAGUACUAGUACAAGUACUGUUGGGGGGAGUGGCAGGAUUGUGGAGCCGGUGGUGUUCGACUUGGUACCCGUUGUCCAAGGCAAGUCAGCAGCAAAGCGACUCAGGCUGUUCGGCGUGAAUAUGGACUGUUCCAUCUCAGACUCGGAUGAAUCAUGUGAAAUCAUGUCCUCAUCCUCCUCCUUGCCUAGUCCCGCGGCUACAACAACUUAUUCUCAUGUUCCCCAAUUUUUGUCAUCAUCACCCCCAAUUCCUUCGCUUCAAUGCAGGACUUUUAACAGCUACGAAGUCAACCCGCCACCGGCAGCCACCGAAGAAGAAGCAUUCGACAAAGGUUGUUGUUCUUGUCGCUGCUUCGUUGGACAUGCCUGCCAGGUACUAUGACUGCUUCAGAGCUAGCUAUCUGGCUUGCUAGCUUUUAUAAAAGCUACUUCCAAUCAGAUCGAUCUACAUAUGUAUGCCUCUUCUGUUCCAAAAAGUUUACAGGUCAAUGCCUCAGCCCAAUCUUGUUGAGAAAAAAGUUCCCAUUUAUAUGUAUAUAUUGUCUCCUUUCUUUAAACAAUUAUACAGCUGCAUCUAAAGUAAUUGUACGUUGGUUUUUAUCUUUCUGAGUAGUGAACACAUAUUAGCUGCAUCUUUAAAGAAAAUUCGGAAACUUUAAAAGAACCAAUAAUCGAAUUUGCUGGGUUGAUAUUCGAGGUAAGCAAAGCUCUUAGGUAAUUCCUCUUUAUUCAUUUUACGAUAACUAAGUAUAUACCCAAUCUAUUGUUCCUUUCAUUUCAUCUUUGAAGGGUGCAUGUGGUAUUUAAGAAAGAGAGAGUUCUCGCACGUAGGCUUAAACAUGUUAUAUGACAUUUGUAUGAAUACAAGAGCAUAUCAAAUGUCAAGUGCAUGUAAUGUUAAAAUAGUUUCCAAAUCAUAUUGAAGUAUGUCUUCCUUUAUUGCUUUGCUUCACCCACUCCAAUUUCAUACCCUUAUAAAUACAAUGUUAAGCUUUCAAAUUAAUUAACUACCGAUCAUGAUCAUGUGUGUAUUAAAGCAAAAACAUAUUCAACCUUCUAAUAAUGUAGUUUCGUUUGUUCUCUAAGAUCUAGUGAUGUCCUAACCUUAACAUUUCUAUAUAAACUAGUAUGUUGUUUUCAGAAAGUGUUGUUAUAUCAUUCAUAUACACAAUUAGUAAUGGGAGCUAGCUUUGCCUUGGCUAAAAGAGAGAAGUAGAUUCUCAAGGUAACUAAAACCAAGCUAAGUAGGAAAAACCAAAAUACUAGCUGGCUCUUUUCAGGUAAUAAAUAUACUUAGCAUGUCGGCAAGCUGUUGUUCUUUUGUAAAAGCACAAGUUGGUCGUCUUUAAUUUGACAUUGUGUGUUAACCUUAACAUCGAUUGAAUAGUACAUACUUUAAGUUGUAAAUUUUUCUUAUAUAUCAAAAGCUUGAAUUGGAUCACUAUUUUUCUCUUUCCUUUUUUAUGGUCUAAAGCUCCCCUCGGAAUAUAUAAAUUU